UUGCCUACAAGCCCAGGUAGUGUGUGCCGGCUUCUAAAUAAGCAGCACAUUCACCGUCCCCUUCAGGACGGGAGGCAAGGCUGCAGAGUGUGAAAUCAGACUAAUACAGUGGCGUAGGACUGAGCAGGAGCAGGAAGAAGCUCCCGCAUGACUUACUCAGACUAGAGGGGUAGAGAGAGAGAGAGAGAGAGAGAGAGAGAGAGAGAGGACAAGAACCAGCAGAAGAUAAAGAGGGGAUUGGACAUCAGAGAUAAAAGGGAAAAAACAGAAAGGACCAUGAAGACACCUUUGCCCUGUUUCAGAGUGGGUUGCAGCCUGGUCAGUGUGUGAAGACGAUAUUUGAACAGCCUGGCCGGCUCGAGCUGCUUCGGACCAAAGGCGAUGCUGUCAUCUUGAUAUGCUGUUCGUGUGACCUGGGAGUCCCUAAAUCCCAAACCACAUAGCUUUGGAAAACCCUGGAAAUACCUGGAAUUCUAGGAGUAUCUCACCAAAACAACUUCAGGUGCCCAGGCACCGAAUCAAUAGCUUUACGCUUUUCAUUCAUUUUUCUGCACACAAAGAACCACCAUCGCGAUAUUAGUAAUUGUGGCUGGGCCGUCCACAAGAAGCGUGCCGAGACCAAGAGGGCGUGACCUUUCUGCACGCUGACUUCAAACAGACACCCGAAUUGGAGACGCAGUCAGAGAGGGGACACUCAGACCGAAAACCUCCAUCAGGCCUGGAUGCGAUGAACGCCUCAUGUAGGCAUCAGCAUGGACAGCUGUGAGUCUCCCGUGGUUUCUGGGACAGAGGAUGGGCUCAGCUCCUCCCAACAGCAGCAACCACCACAGCCCUGGAACGAUCACUCAAGCUCACAGGUCACUUGCACCAACCAGGCCCCUUCUCUGGAUGCCCUGUCCCUCUCUGGGUCGUACCCUUCUCAGCCCCUGAACUCCAUUGCCCCUCAUGACGGGGUGAGAGACCUACAGUCACAGCAGCCGCAGCCAAAACAGACAUUACCCCAGGCUCACCGUGAUAGCUCUGCCAUUGGCCAGCUGCAUUCCAGGAGAGAGGGCCUUGACGAAGUGGUGCAGGAGGGAGUGAGCUGUGAGGAGGAAGAAUCGGAGGACUUGGAUGAAAUGGAGAUUGACAGCUGUUUUCCAAGUCUUCAGCCCUUUCCUGGAGUGCCGAUAACUUCAGGGGGAGGAGGUAUGCCCACUCUUUUGCGACAUCAGCCCACACAACAGCAGGGACCACCUGAGAGUGGGAGUGAAGAAGGAGAGGAGGAAGAGGAAGAGGAGAGUAGUGAUGUGGAAAACCUGACUGGAGAGAUAGUCUACCAGCCAGAUGGCUCAGCAUACAUUGUGGAGAGCCUCAGUCAAUUGAUCCAAAGUAGUGGAAGUAUGGUACCUGGCAUGCUUUCUACAAACUCUGUCACAAGUGGGGGAAAACCGGGAGAACCUGCUGGGGUUUCAUCCUCAGUCUACCCACAGAUCAUCAACACUUUCCACAUAGCAUCGUCUUUUGGGAAGUGGUUUGGUAACUCGGACCAAGGUUUUCCCAAUACCUCAUCAAUGGCAGGCCUCAGCCCUGUCCUGCACAGUUUUCGUGUCUUCGAUGUGCGGCACAAAAGCAACAAGGAUUACCUGAACAGCGAUGGGUCUGCCAAGAAGUCCUGCGUAUCCAAAGAUGUUCCCAAUAAUGUGGAUUUUUCCAAAUUUGAUGGGCUAGCCCUUUAUGGAAAGGGUAAGCCCAUUCUAAUGUGUUUUCUCUGCAAGUUGUCCUUUGGCUAUGCUCGUUCCUUUGCCACUCAUGCUGUCCAUGAUCACCGCAUGACACUGUGUGAAGAUGAACGGCAGCUGUUAGGGGACAAGCAUGCCUCUGCCAUCAUCCAGGGCAUUGGGAAGGACAAGGAGCCCCUUAUUAGCUUCCUGGAACCAAAAAAUAGGAGCAGUCCUCUGCCACCUACCUUGCUACCCAUUAACUCUGGACAGAGCUUCUAUGGUACAUUUAGUGGUGUUCAUCUGGAGCCUGGAAACAGCAGUGGGGGCAGUGAGACCCUCCUGAACAAAGACUCUGACUCUGGCCUUCAACAACAGCAGCAGCAACAAACACCACUUGAUUCAGUCCUUUCUAUAGGUGGACUAAGUGUUUCCAAAGCAUCUACUCUUACCUCUUCUCCUGGCUCUGCCAAAGACUCCAGUGCCCUGCCCAAACAGGGAGGGAGAAUAGAGGAGCCCGUGGGGAAAGAGUUGGCAUACAAGGGAGAAGAUGUGAGAACUGAGGGACAUGAAAGCAAUGUGCAGCUAUCCAACCAGUUGGGGGGCUCAGAAGAAGAGGAUGAACUAUUGUUAGGGGAAGAGGAAGAUGAGGUGGAGGCAGAAAGCACUGCAGUGGCCUGUGGUGGUAACAGUAGCAGCGGUGGGAGUGAGGUCGGGGAACCAGCUGUCUCAAACCAAAGCAAUUCCAAAUCUCCUUUAUUAUUGCCUAGUAGCACUCUCCAGCCUUCUGCCUGCACCUCUGCAGUCGGUUCCACGCUCAACAGCAAAGCCCUUGCUUCCAUUUCCUCCUCUGUCAAGGAAGAGGCUUCAGCUGCAGAUGGUGGAGGGAGGACAUCAGAGCUCCCUCUGAGCUUUAACUGCCAGGGACCAACAGUUCCCAUGGCAAUAGCGGCAGCUGCCGUCAGAAGGAGCGAGGAUGACACUGCUGGCACUUCGUCCUCACCUCUGUCCAACAAUGCUGCUGCUGAUGAAAGUGCCAAUCGAGAUAGUGCCACAGCUCCAGAACCAAAUGAUUGCCCAGCAGAAGGAGAGGAUGAAAAUGGAGCCCUUCUGCAUCAUCACCAUAUACACCACCAUCAUCAUCACCUCCAUCCGUCAUCUCAUGGUCACUCCCUCUCCCUCCCAGGGGGUUCUUGUGACAUCACAGGGAUGGGGGAGUGUUCACAGAACCAUGGCCCAGGUGGGAGUGGAGGAAGCGGAGUAGAGUGUCCCAAAUGUGAUACCGUUCUGGGGUCGUCACGUUCUUUAGGGGGUCAUAUGACCAUGAUGCAUUCGCGCAACUCAUGCAAGACACUAAAGUGUCCCAAAUGCAAUUGGCAUUAUAAGUACCAGCAGACAUUGGAGGCCCAUAUGAAAGAGAAACACCCAGACUCUGGAGGCUCCUGUGUGUAUUGCAGCAGUGGUCAGAGUCACCCUCGUUUGGCUCGUGGUGAAAGUUAUACCUGUGGAUACAAGCCCUUCCGGUGUGAGGUGUGUAACUAUUCCACUACGACAAAGGGCAACUUAAGUAUCCACAUGCAAUCGGAUAAGCACUUAAACAACAUGCAGACGCUGCAGAAUGGAGGCUCUAUUGGCUCUGCACAGGAGCAGGUCUUUGGACAUACCCCAGGUGGAGUGGUGGCUGUACCUUCAGUGACCCAGGCCAGCAGCCAUCAUACUCCACACCAUCAUCCGACGCAGUCGUCCACUCACAUGUCUGUGCCAUGUGGAGCCCCCUCACCAACCAAGCCGAAGAGCAAACCCACCUGGCGGUGUGAAGUUUGUGACUACGAAACCAACGUUGCGCGGAAUCUACGCAUCCACAUGACCAGUGAAAAGCACAUGCACAACAUGAUGCUUCUUCAACAAAACGUGACUCAGAUGCAGCAUGGGCGACUUGGCUUAGGAGCCAUGCCAUCUCCGUCUGAGGCUGAGCUUUACCAAUAUUACCUGACCCAGAACAUGAGCCUUCCACCAGGCCUUAAGAUAGAUCCAGCUGGACCAGAAGCCCAGUUCCUGAUGGGGAGUUUUCAUCUGGAUCCCAGCAUGGCUACCUUGGCGCCUGCACUCGGUGGGGAAAUCCCAAUGGAUGUGCGUCUUGGCGGCGGGCAGCUGGUGUCUGAGGAACUGAUGACUCUUGGAGAAAGUCUAUCACAGACCACAGAUCCCUCCCUCAAGCUCUUUCAGUGUGCUGUAUGCAAUCGCUUCACCACUGACAACCUGGAUGUGCUAGGCAUGCAUAUGGGUGCCGAACGCAGCCUGCCGGAGGAGGAGUGGCGUGCCGUGGUGGGAGACUCGCAUCAGUGCAAGUUGUGCCACUACACAACCCAGCUUAAAGCCAACUUCCAGCUGCAUUGCAAAACAGACAAGCAUGUGCAGAAGUACCAGCUUGUCGCCCACAUCAAAGAAGGGGGCAAAGGCAAUGAAUGGCGCCUGAAGUGUGUGGCAAUAGGCAAUCCAGUGCACCUAAAGUGCAAUGCCUGUGACUACUACACUAACAGCCUGGAGAAGCUGAGGAUGCACACUGUCAAUUCACGCCAUGAGGCCAGCCUCAAACUGUAUAAGCACCUGCAGCAGCACGAAAAUGCGGUGGAGGGAGAUGCCUGCUACUACCACUGCGUGCUGUGCAACUACUCGACCAAGGCCAAACUCAACCUCAUCCAACACGUGCGCUCUAUGAAGCACCAACGCAGCGAGAGCCUCAGGAAGCUUCAGCGCUUGCAGAAGGGCCUGCCGGAGGAGGACGAGGACCUCAGCUCCAUUUUCACCAUCCGCAAAUGCCCUUCUUCAGACACAGGAGAGCUGAGCGAGGAUGUGGAGGCUGCUAGUGAGACCACCACAGAUCAGGAGGACCAAACCAAAGACAGAGAAAGUGGGGGGGAGAAGGAGCUCACCAAAGGGACAGGUGCGUCUGGCCACUUGGAACGGCACCAGUCGGAUUCUCCUCUUCCCUCCAAAAGGCCCUCUUCCCGCUCGGAGGUGUCUGACAGCCCGCUUUCCUUGAAGCGUCCCAGGACAGCUGAAAAGGGAACUACGGAGCAGAUGUACCAGUGUCCCUACUGCAAAUUCACCAACACGGACCUGAAUCGCCUCAGAAUGCACGUGAUGACGCAGCACUCUGUUCAGCCAAUGUUACGCUGCCCACUGUGCCAGGACAUGCUCAAUAAUAAGAUCCACCUGCAGUUCCACCUCACACACCUCCACAGUGUUGCACCCGACUGCGUUGACAAGCUAAUAGCCACAGUAACAGCCACUGAGGUUCUACCAGCAAGCAUGUUCAUACCAGUGCCUAGUCCAGACAAAGAGUCCCAGAGCACCCCACUUGCUACAGCCAACUCCAUCUCUGAGGACACAAAAAAGCAGACUGAUGCCACAGAUGCUGAUACAGAGAAAGGGAUGUCCCUCACCACAGAAGCAGCUGAAUCUCGCAAGUCACCUUCUGAGGAUCAGCAGUCAGAAAAGGAAGAUGCCACUGGUUUUCUGUGCUGGAAGAAAGGCUGCAGCCAAGUGUUUAAAUCCUCCAACUCUCUGCAAAUGCACUUCAACGAAGUUCACAACAAGAGGCCCCAGUUACCGGUUUCUGAUCGCCAUGUCUAUAAGUAUAGAUGUAACCAGUGCAGUUUGGCCUUCAAGACUGUGGAGAAACUGCAGCUUCAUUCACAGUACCAUGUGAUCAGAGCAGCUACCAUGUGCUGCCUUUGUCAGCGGAGCUUCAGAACUCUACAAGCCUUGAAGAAGCACUUAGAAACCAGCCAUUUGGAGCUGAGUGAAGCUGAUAUCCAGCAACUUUAUGGAGGAUUAUUGAUGAACGGAGACAUUAUGGCAAUGGGGGAUCUGGCUCUCAAUGAGGAGCAUGGAAGCUUGGGAGAAGACGACAAAGAGGGAGACGACAGUGACCCUGAGGAAAAACAAAGCCCAACAGGCAGCGAUUCUGGCUCACUACAGGAAGAUUCUGGAUCCGAACCCAAACGAGCACUACCGUUCAGAAAGGGCCCCAACUUUACAAUGGAGAAGUUUUUGGACCCGUCUCGUCCAUUCAAGUGUACUGUAUGCAAAGAGUCUUUUACACAGAAGAACAUUCUGUUAGUUCAUUAUAACUCUGUCUCCCACCUACACAAGGUGAAAAGAGCUCUUCAGGAAUCCACUACUGGUCAACCAGAGCCUACCAGCAGUCCUGAUAAUAAGCCAUUUAAGUGCAGCACUUGCAAUGUGGCAUAUAGCCAGAGUUCAACUCUGGAAAUCCACAUGCGCUCUGUUCUCCACCAGACCAAAGCUAGGGCAGCCAAACUUGAAGCAGCUGGAGGGAUCACCAGUUCUGCAAGUACAAUUAGCGGAGGGUCCAGCAUGAGCACAUCAACAACUAGUCCAAGCCCAGCUAAUAACUCUACUCCCAGCUCAGCAAAUCACAGUUCUUCUGGAUCUCAGGCAGCUCAAAGUAUUCAUGGAGGAAAUCACAUGAAUCAGACUCAUGGCAUUGAAAGUUUGGGAAAUUCUUCAGCAAGCUGUCAUUCUUCAUCAUCUGAGAACCAUGAAGUAAAAAAGUCUAAAUUUAGCGAGAUUCUCUCUGCAAGAGGGCAACAGCAGCAGCUUCAGCAACAACAGCAACUGGCUCAAGCACAAGCUCAGGCCCAAGCCCAGCUUCAGCAGGAGCUUCAGCAGCAGGCUGCUCUUUUACAAUCACAGCUAUUCAAUCCAGCACUUCUGCAGCACUUCCCAGUGACAACUGAUGCACUUCUGCCGCUGCAGCAGCAGCAAUUGCUGUUCCCUUUCUACAUCCCUGGAGCAGAAUUUCAACUCAACCCAGAUAUCAACAUCAGCAACUCUGUUCUCGGCCUAGCAGGAUCUGCAGCUUCUACCCUGCAAGAAGAUUUAAAAAACUCAGCCCAGCAGGCCCAGCAGAGUUGCUUGCAGCAGCAAUUAAUGCAUCAUCACCUACAACAGCAGCACCAACAGCAGCAGCAUCAACAGCAACAGCAUCAACAGCAGCAGCAGCAGCAGCAGCAAGCUCACUCGCAGGUUCAAGGGCAGAUGGCUUUGCUGCAGCAGAGUGCAUCUCUUCUCCAGCAGGCUGAAAAAAAGCAGAAACAUUCCUCCUCAAAAGAUGAGAAAGAUAAAGAAAUACAAAAAGAGAAAGAUGUAACUGAGAAAAGUGAGGACAAUAUAAACAAAGAUUCCACCGAAAGCAAACCAAAAGAAAAAAAGGACAUUCAGAACAUUUCACUAAACAUUAACCAAGAUUCUGGCAUGCUUCCACCUAGGAUUGCUUCAGAUGCUCGAGGAAAUGCAACUAAAGCCUUGCUGGAAAACUUUGGAUUUGAAUUAGUUAUUCAGUACAACGAAAAUAAACAGAAAGCUCAGAAAAAGACAAGUGGACCUACAGGAUCAGGUGGUUCAGGUGGAAUAAUGAAGGUUGUAGAUCCCAUUGAGGGAUUAGAGAAACUGGAAUGUGAAGCCUGUGGCAAGCUGUUUUCAAACAUACUGAUUCUAAAGAGUCACCAGGAGCAUAUCCACCAGGCUUUUUUCCCUUUUCGAUCCUUGGAGAGAUUUGCUAAGGAAUACAGAGAGCAUUAUGAUAAACUCUAUCCACUAAGACCUCCAACACCAGAAGCUAGUCCUGCUCCUGCCCCACCUCCUCCUCCACCGCCACCUCCUCCACCACUCCAAAGAGCUCCAACACCAAAUAUUCCAGUCUCUGCAGCCUCGCUCACUCCUCCUACCGUACCCCCUCCACAGCCCCCAGUUCCAAUGACACAAAUACCCAUGCCAAUGGAUUUACCCUUGUUCUCUCCACUCAUGAUGCAGCCCAUGUCUUUGCAGUCCCUGCCCACUCAGUUGCCUCCUCAGUUACCUUCUGUCGAGCCAAGCUUGGCAUCAGACUUGGCCCAACUCUAUCAACAACAGCUUACACCUGCCAUGUUACAGCAACAGAACAAGAGGCCACGGACUCGCAUCACUGAUGACCAGCUUAGGGUCCUGCGACAGUACUUUGAUAUAAAUAACUCUCCAAACGAAGAACAAAUUAAAGAAAUGGCAGAUAAGUCUGGCCUGCCACAAAAAGUGAUAAAGCACUGGUUCAGAAACACGCUCUUUAAAGAACGUCAGCGCAACAAGGACUCUCCUUACAAUUUCAAUAAUCCUCCAACAACAACUCUAGAAGAAACAAAAAUUGAUUCCAAACCUCCUUCCCCUGAACCUCAGAAACAUGAACUCUAUGGAAGUAAGAGAUCAUCUAGGACCCGGUUUACUGACUACCAGCUGAGAGUCCUACAAGACUUCUUUGAUGCAAAUGCUUAUCCGAAAGAUGAUGAAUUUGAACAGCUCUCCAACCUUUUGAGCCUCCCCACCCGAGUUAUUGUUGUGUGGUUCCAAAAUGCUCGACAGAAGGCAAGAAAGAAUUAUGAAAACCAGGGUGAUGGAGCCAAAGAUGGAGAAAGGCGAGAACUGUCAAAUGACCGAUAUAUCCGUACAUCAAAUCUAAACUACCAGUGCAAGAAAUGCAGUCUGGUUUUCCAGCGUAUCUUUGACCUGAUAAAACACCAAAAGAAGCUGUGUUACAAAGAUGAAGAUGAGGAUGGGCAGUAUGACAGCCAAAAUGAGGAUUCGUUGGAUUUUUCCCAUGACAGCUAUACUCCCUCUGGGUCGUCCUGUCACACACCAAUGCCCUCCUCUUCAAGUCUUUGCCCUCUUCCUCCAUCAACGUCAGCGUUUUCACAACUCUCAUCGGCUGAGAAAGAGGAAGCAUCACCAGCAACCACCUCAAACCCCUAUGAUGAAAACCCCAAACAGCUGCCAGAAAUUUCUAGUGAUCCACGAGAUACUCAAACUUCUAUAAAGCAGGAAAUCAUACUCCAAAACCAGUCUGAGCCCCAACACACUAGAUCUCAGAGAGAGGAAAAGAUGCACGUCUCUAAGGCUGUCAAGCAUUCGUCACUGUCUCAGCAACAGCAGCAGUGUGGCCCAUCAUCUUCUCAGACAACCCAGGCAUCCUCACAAAGCUCCCACUUGGGCCUCAAUCCACACCUGUCCUCUGCCACACAGCAGCUGGCACAGCAGAUGAUUCCAUACCAGUGUGAGCAGUGCAAGAUUGGCUUUCCAUCCUUUGAGCACUGGCAAGAACACCAGCAACUGCACUUUCUCUCUGUGCAAAAUCAGUUCAUCCAUCCUCAAUUCCUUGAUCGUCCAAUUGACAUGCCCUUUAUGCUGUUUGAUCCCAGCAAUCCUCUGCUGGCGACCCAGCUUCUUUCUGGUGCAAUGCCUCAGAUACCCAGCAGUUCUGCCACCUCUCCGUCCACUCCAACCUCCACCAUGAACUCCCUGAAAAGAAAGCUCGAAGAAAAGGCUAGUACUAGCCCUGGAGAGAAUGACAGUGCAAAUAGUGGAGAGGAACCACAGAGAGACAAGCGGCUCAGAACCACCAUUACACCUGAGCAACUAGAGAUCCUCUAUCAGAAGUAUUUAUUAGACUCAAACCCCACUCGUAAAAUGCUUGAUCACAUUGCUCAUGAGGUGGGAUUAAAAAAGAGAGUCGUGCAAGUGUGGUUCCAAAAUACUAGAGCAAGAGAGCGAAAAGGCCAGUUCAGGGCUGUAGGGCCAGCCCAAGCUCAUCGUAGGUGCCCGUUUUGCCGAGCUCUAUUCAAGGCAAAAACGGCCCUUGAGGCACACAUUAGAUCUCGUCACUGGCAUGAAGCCAAACGUGCUGGAUACAAUUUGACUCUCACUGGUUUGUUACCUGAGCAGGAGAGCAUGCAAAUUAAAAUGGAUGUUUUGGAUACAUCAGGCUACUCCCAACUGGCCUCAACAGUGAACAGUGAUGGACAAAGCUCCUCUAUGUCUCCAGUAAAUAAAAGCAUGGAUCUGUCUCCCAGGGGUCUGCUGAGCCCUUCAUCCAUCAAAGUUGAAGGAAUGGAAGACUUCGAGGGUGCAACAAUGUCCUCUGUGAACCUCAGCUUUGAUCCAAACAAACUGGAUAAUGACGACUGUUCAUCUGUGAACACGGCAAUCACAGACACAACUACAGGGGAUGAGGCCAAUGCAGAUAAUGACAGCGCUGAUGCAAAGCCCAGCCAAAAUAGUGGUGAUUACCUACACAAGUCUGGAGGUACAUCCACUAUGCUUGAAAAUGAUGACCAAAUGUCAUCAGGGUUAGUGAGCCCUGCAACAAGCUUUUAUGCUAAGGACUAUGAAAAUGAAAAUAUGAUUGACCACAGUGAGACAUCCAGCCUGGCUGACCCCUGCUCACCAAGCCCUGGAGCCUCAGGUACCAGGAGCAUUGACAGUGGAGACAGACCAGGCCAAAAGCGCUUCCGGACCCAAAUGACGAACCUCCAGCUGAAAGUGUUGAAGUCUUGCUUUAAUGACUACAGAACACCCACUAUGCUGGAGUGUGAGGUACUUGGCAAUGAAAUUGGACUUCCAAAGAGAGUGGUUCAAGUGUGGUUUCAAAAUGCUCGUGCCAAGGAGAAAAAGGCGAAACUGAACAUGGCUAAGCACUUUGGAAUAAACCAGACAUCUUACGAGGGGCCAAAGACUGAAUGCACAUUGUGUGCCGUAAAGUACAGUGCUCGCCUUUCUGUUCGUGAUCAUAUAUUCUCUCAACAACACAUAUCCAAGGUGAAAGAUACCAUUGGGAGUCAGAUUGAUAAAGAAAAAGAAUAUUUUGACCCAGCUACUGUUCGCCAGCUCAUGGCCCAGCAAGAGAUGGAUCGCAUUAAGAAGGCCAAUGAAGUUUUGGGUCUGGCACAACAGCAGGCCAUGCAGCAGCAGGGGAUGUUUGAUAACCCUGCUAUGCAGGCUCUGAAUCUCCAGUCAGCCUACCCAAAUCUCCAAGGCAUCCCACCUGUACUUUUGCCAGGGGUUGGUAGCCCUUCUCUAUCCAGCUUUAACUCAUCUAAUUCAGCUUUAACUCCUCCAAAACCCUCGAACCUCCUGAAUAUGACGGGUGCCAGUGUUCCCUCACCAAGCCUGCCCACUUCUGGAUUGCCUAAUAAACCUCCCUCUUCAGCAUCUCUUGCAGCAUCGAGCCCUGCCCAGACCAACACAUCUGCUUCUCACUCAAGCCCUACGCCCACAUCGAGCUCCACUUCCUCCACUACCCCAUCAGGCUUACGACCCGGAUCCCACAAGGAACGUGAUGUUGAAAGUUUAAGAGAGAAGGAGAAGGAUAAACCCAAGGAAAAGGCAGAAAAACCCUCAACUCCAUCGUCAACUGGAAGCACCCCAGCCCCUUCCACUUCUGCUGCAAGUGCCAAGAAGGAGAAACCAGACACAGCUGUUCCUGCCACCUCCAUGCCAACACCUGGUAUGGAGUAUGUAGUAGAUCCUGCCCAGCUUCAAGCUCUGCAGGCCGCUUUAGCAUCAGACCCCACAGCUCUCCUUACAAACCAGUUUUUACCUUACUUCAUGCCAGGCUUUUCCCCUUAUUACACCCCACAGAUCCCUGGUGCUCUCCAGGGGGGCUAUCUGCAACCAAUGUAUGGUAUGGAAAGUCUUUUCCCAUAUAACCCAGCAUUGUCCCAAGCACUCAUGGGUCUUUCCCCAGGUUCACUAUUGCAGCAUUACCAGCAAUAUCAGCAGAGCUUACAGGAGGCACUACAGCAGCAGCAGCGGCAGCUUCAACAGAUCCAGCAACCCAAGGCAAGCCAAACUGCAGCUCCUACUCAAAACUUAGGGGAUCGCAAAGAGGCUGCCAAAGAUUCAGUCAAAACAGAGGAGCAAAAGAGCAACCCCCACAGUGAAACCCCCAUAUCCUCCUCCUCACAUAACAAAGUAUCUUCUGAGCAGAACGAAAUACAUGACAAAGCUAUGGACCUUCAUCUAGACCAGUACAUUGUCCCCAAGGCGCAGAGUAAACUUGCCUGUCGCAAGUGUCAAGCUGUUUUCACCAAGGAAGAAGCGGCUAUUACCCACAUUAAAUCUAACUGUUUCUUUGGUCAAUCUGUGGCAAAUCUGCAAGAGGUGUUGCUGCGUGUCCCCGGUGGCGUAGGUGUAGGGGGCGGAAGUCUCUAUGACUGCUUGGCUUGUGACACUACGUUGGAUGGAGAGAAAGCACUCAGUCAACACCUGGAAUCGGCAUUGCACAAACACAGAACAAUCAAGCGAUCAGUCAGAAAUGCCAAAGAGCACGCUACUAGUUUAUUACCUCACUCUUCAGCCUGCUUCCCCAGUCCUAACACCGCAUCUACCUCGCAGUCUGCCACUCAUCCCAUCAGCAGCCCAUCUCCCUUGCCAACAACAUCAGCCACCAUGCCAUCCUCUGCUGUCUCCACUUCCCUGUGCUCUUCCUCUAAGGCCCAACUCAAUACCACAGCUGUCGGCAAACCCUGGCCCCAGGUCCCCUUCUCCAGAGCUUCAGCUGGAAAGCCCAGUGCUAGUCCCUCCUCCUCUUUUCCUCCAGUGUCCUCACCCUCAACGGUUACCUCAAGUUCAUUGAGCACCUCAGGAGUUCAGACCUCGAUACCAACAGACGUCUUUACCGACGAGUCUGACUCUGACAGCAGUCAGAAGUCAGCAGAUAGGCAGGGCAGGGCAACAGAGGAGCCGCAGCAGCCUACCUAUGUCAAAGACAGUAAUAGUUGUAGUAGUAACCUGGCUAGUGUAGGAACAGACUCCAUCAGAUUGUAAAAGAGCUUUCAGUGAUGGACAAUAUUUAAAAAAAAAUACAAAGAAAAUGACAAAAAAACACAAAAAAUCAUAAAAAGCAGCAAUGUUAAAAAUACAUUAAAAGUAUACAAACCAGUUUCAGAAAAAGAUGUGUAAAGACUAACUGCAAUUCCAAAGCUUUUAACCAAAAAUUAAAUGUUAGUGGAUUGUUUUCCCAUAUCAACAUGCUGGUUUUUAUUUUUUUUUAUUUUUAUUUUUUUUCAUUUUUUUUAUGUUUAACCCAACUGAAAUCCAGGCAUACUAAGGUGUGAGGACAAGAAAGAUCAAAGAUCAUAGCAGUUAUAUUUUAUGUAAUAGUGGAAAAAUGCUGUACUGUAUGGCAAUGGACAAGAACAUAAGUUGGCAAAUAAUGACCCAAUAGCCCUUUUUUUUAAAGAAUGCAAGUAAGUAACCCAAUACUUUCUACUUAAGAGCACAGUCACUAAAAGCCAGUAUGUACUGUAUGGGAGAAUAGUCUGUUCAGUUCAGUUUUCUUGCUACUUAAGCAUUCAGAUACCAAUGGCUU